GUGGAACAAAAAAUUAUUUCCUCCCUCAACUAAGAUACAGUCAAGUAUCUUGAACUAAAUCUGUACAAAUCGUAGUCAGUGAUUCGCUUAGAAUCGCGAAGAUCGCGAGUCAUUACGCGUUUUAUCAGGAUCAGUGAUAUUUACAGUAGUUGGCUAAGUCGAGAUAAUAAUUUAAGAAAUUUACUCAGCCCUAAGUGUACAUAACAUUUACAAGCUUGUUGUUAAAUAGUUAUAAAAAUUUUGAGUGCUUAAACGUCCUAAUUAUAAGCAAUGGCUAACAUACUUUAAGGAAAAACUGACUAGGCUCCUUGUUUGUGAUUACAUACAUGCGUUGAAAUCCACUAAGAAGUAAAAACUGAAUUACCAGAAAGAAAAGCUGAAACCAGUCAAGAAAUUGGAGACCGGAUAAAUAUAGAUGGAAAAUAUGAACAGUGCUGAGUCCUGGACCUUUCCACCGAAACAGGCUCUCUAUGAUCCAACUCUAGAAAGGGAAGCCUGUGGUGUUGGAUUCAUUGUUGCUAUAGAUGGAAGAAGGUCUCAUAAGAUUGUUCGUGAUGCACAAACUCUCUCUGCGCGUAUGAACCAUCGUGGAGCUUGUGCGUGCGAUAACGAUACCGGAGACGGAGCUGGGGUUCUUUGUGCAAUUCCUCAUGAAUUUUAUGCCAAUGAAUUGCGUGAACAAGGAGUCGAAUUACCACAAUCCGGCCGUUAUGCAACCGGUAUUUUGUUCCUUGAUCAAAAUACGCAUAAAGAAAUAGAGACUGCUUUUGAGAAGUUAGCUAAAGAAUGUAGCUUGAGGGUAAUUUGUUGGCGUGACGUUCCAACGGAUAACACUCAAAUUGGUCAAGUAGCGCGAAAAUGCGAGCCUUAUAUGCGUCAAGUUUUCGUUACUGGCGACCAAGAUGACAGUGGUCUUGAGCGUCAGAUUUUUAUCUUAAGAAAACGUUCGUCGCAUUCUUUACCACGACCGGGAGUUAGGUACUAUAUAUGCUCACUUUCGCUGCGGACAGUCGUUUAUAAAGGACAACUGACGGCUGAUCAGUUAUGGGUCUACUUUUUAGAUUUAAAGUCGCCAAAGUUCGAAACUUAUCUGGCAUUAGUUCAUACGAGAUUCUCUACAAAUACCUUUCCCAGUUGGGAAAGAGCACAUCCCCUUCGAUUGUUGGCGCACAAUGGUGAAAUCAACACUUUAAGAGGAAACGUAAACUUCAUGAAGGCUCGUGAAGGAGUUAUGAGUAGCAAAUUGUAUGGCGAACAACUGAAACAGCUUUAUCCUGUGGUAGAACCUAAUCUUUCGGAUUCAGGAUCUGCCGAUUGCGUUCUUGAGUUCUUGGUAAUGGUUGGACAGCGAUCUUUGCCAGAGGCAGUAAUGACGAUGGUACCAGAAGCAUGGCAAAAUGAUUUAACUAUGGCAACGGAGAAACGUGAUUUCUAUCACUGGGCUGCGUGCGCGAUGGAACCUUGGGAUGGACCCGCUCUUCUCACUUUCACGGAUGGACGUUACGUUGGUGCUAUUUUAGACAGAAACGGCCUGCGUCCAUCACGUUUCUACGUCACUAAGGAUAACAUGAUGGUGAUGGCGUCCGAAGUGGGCGUCUAUGACACUCCACCCAGCAAUGUAAUCCUGAAGAGUCGUUUGAAGCCUGGCAGGAUGCUUCUGGUCGACACGCAGGAGAAGAAGAUCAUAGAAGACGUUGAACUGAAGAUGCAAAUCGCAAGAAGUAGACCUCAUUCCCGUUGGCUUAAAGAUCAGAGGAUCACGAUGGAAGACUUACGUGCUGCAGAUAAAGAGUAUGGAAAGACGGCGAAUUCUACUGAAAAUGGCACUUUAGACGAAGUAUGUAAAAAAAACGCGUUAAAUGAUCCAAAUCCAAUAUCAACUGUGAAUCGCGUUUGGGGAGGUGAUAAAAGGCUGGCUCUUUAUGGAUAUACUCUCGAAACCAUUAAUUUGCUCUUACUGCCGAUGAUGCAAUCUAAGAAAGAAGCUUUGGGCUCAAUGGGCAACGAUGCACCAUUGGCUUGUCUCUCCCAGUUUCAGCCGCUUAUCUACGAUUAUUUUAAACAGUUGUUUGCUCAGGUAACAAAUCCUCCAAUAGACCCGUUCAGAGAGAAGAUCGUGAUGUCAAUGCUUUGCCCUAUCGGUCCCGAAAGCAAUAUUCUUGAACCGAGUGAAUUACAAGUGCACAGAUUAUUUUUACGACAACCGAUACUCUCCUUGGAGGAUCUUGAGAUAAUUAAACGAACGCAUUAUCGUGGUUGGAAAACGAAAGUAAUCGAUGCGACGUAUCCUGUAGAAGAUGGUCCAGCUGGGCUAGUGAACACAUUAGAUCGUGUUAGUGAAGAAGCUAAUCAAGCUGCAAGAGAAGGUUAUCAAUUCCUUGUUCUUUCGGAUCGACAAGGCGGUCCAGACAGAGUACCUGUGAGUAGCCUGUUAGUAUUGGGCGCAGUGCAUCAUUACUUGAUCGAAGAGCGGCAACGUAUGAAAGUUGGUCUGAUUGUGGAAACAGCCGAAGCUAGAGAAGUGCAUCACAUAUGUUUGCUGCUCGGUUAUGGAGCAGAUGCCAUUUGUCCGUAUCUCGUAUUUGAAAUGGCAAGAAAUCUUCGUGCGGAUGGUGUGCUCGAUUUAUCGUUGAUUGAUAAUGCUCUUUGCGCAAAUUAUGCAGAGUCAAUGGAGAGAGGCAUAGCAAAAGUAAUGGCAAAAAUGGGAAUCUCCACGUUACAGUCGUAUAAAGGAGCACAAAUCUUCGAAGCAGUGGGUUUAUCUGAUCAGGUUAUCGAUAAAUGUUUCAAGGGCACGCAGUCUCGCAUUGGUGGAGUUGACUUUGAUAUUUUGGCGAAGGAAGCGUUUGAAAGACAUCAGAUUACAUACUAUAAGAAACCUAUGGAUAUGCUCGUUAUUCGCAAUCCAGGAAUUUAUCAUUGGCGAUCUGGUGGCGAGAAACACAUAAAUGAUCCCGAUAGUAUUGCCAACUUGCAGGAUUAUGUGAAUUCGAAAAAUUGGAAUGCUUAUGAGAAAUACCGCAAAACCACAAUGGAAAUGGUAAAGACCUGCACGCUACGAGGUCAACUGGAACUUGUUCAGUCUAAGACAUCGAUACCUAUCGAAGAAGUUGAGCCGGCAUCAGAAAUCGUGAAACGAUUUGCAACCGGUGCUAUGAGCUUCGGAAGCAUUUCAAUAGAAGCCCAUUCAACGUUGGCUAUCGCGAUGAAUCGUAUCAAGGGUAAAUCCAAUACUGGUGAAGGUGGUGAGAAUGCUGAUAGAUAUCUUAAUCAAGAUCCAGAAUAUAAUAAACGAUCAGCGAUUAAACAAGUUGCGAGUGGUCGUUUCGGCGUGACCUCAAGUUACUUAGCAAACGCCGACGAUCUUCAGAUCAAAAUGGCGCAAGGAGCAAAACCUGGAGAAGGAGGCGAAUUGCCUGGUUACAAGGUUACUGCUGAAAUCGCUGCAACCAGACAUUCUGUACCUGGUGUAGGUUUAAUUUCACCCCCACCGCAUCACGAUAUUUACUCGAUCGAAGAUCUUGCAGAAUUGAUUUAUGAUUUGAAAUGUGCUAAUCCAAACGCUCGAAUUUCUGUUAAAUUGGUGUCAGAAGUAGGAGUAGGCGUGGUCGCGUCAGGUGUGGCAAAGGGAAAAGCAGAGCAUAUCGUAAUAUCUGGACACGAUGGUGGAACUGGUGCUAGCAGUUGGACAGGAAUAAAACACGCUGGUUUACCAUGGGAAUUAGGAGUCGCUGAAACCCAUCAGAUUCUAACAAUGAAUAACUUACGAUCACGUGUCGUCGUUCAAGCUGACGGUCAACUGCGUACAGGAUUCGAUGUCAUGGUUGCAGCUCUUUUGGGUGCCGAUGAAUUUGGCUUCAGCACUGCACCUUUAAUUACUAUGGGGUGUACCAUGAUGAGAAAAUGUCACUUAAACACUUGUCCCGUGGGUAUUGCAACACAGGAUCCAGCGCUUCGAAAAAAAUUUGAGGGAAAACCGGAACACGUGAUCAAUUUCUUCUUCGCUUUAGCAGAGGAGGUACGCACCUACAUGGCUAGCUUCGGAUUACGCAAAUUCCAAGAUUUAAUUGGCCGUACGGAUUUGUUAAAAGUACGAGAUGAUGUCUCGCUAGAAAAGGCAAAAACGUUAAAGCUUGACAAAAUUUUACGCAACGCACUUGAAUUGCGACCAGGAGUAAACAUUCAUGGAGGAUCAGUAAAACAGGAUUUCCAAUUAGAGAACAGACUGGAUAAUCGUCUUAUCGAAUUGGCUAAGGAUGUUCUAGAUCGUAAAAAAGAUCGUGCCAUUAUUGAAUUGAAUAUCAAUAACGAAUGCAGGGCAUUCGCAUCGACGUUAAGUUAUCACAUUUCAAAAUUAUACGGUGAGGAUGGUUUACCGGAAGGCAGUAUCAAUAUAAAGAUGAAAGGUUCUGCUGGUCAGAGUUUCUGUGCUUUCUUGACUAAAGGUGUUCAUGUAACUCUGGAAGGAGAUGCCAAUGAUUAUGUUGGCAAAGGAAUGUGCGGUGGCGAAAUUGUUAUAUAUCCACCAAAGGAGUCUACGUUCAACUCCGAAAUGAACGUAAUUGUCGGUAACGUUUGUCUUUACGGUGCAACCUCUGGCAAAGCGUACUUCCGUGGAAUCGCUGCUGAAAGAUUCAGUGUUCGUAAUAGCGGUGCGAUAGUCGUGGUGGAAGGCGUGGGUGAUCAUGGAUGCGAGUACAUGACGGGUGGCUGCGCUGUCAUCCUUGGACUCACCGGACGAAAUUUUGCUGCUGGAAUGUCUGGUGGGAUCGCCUAUGUAUUAGACGUUGAUGGAUCAUUCAAAAGCAAGUGUAAUCCUGAAACGGUUGAAUUGCUUCCUUUAAAUAAACUGGAGGAUAUAGCGUACGUGAAACAACUAUUGGAAGAGUUUGUUGAGAAAACUGGUUCUUUGAUAGCUGAAGAUCUUUUGAAGUUAUGGCCUGAACCAACAACACGAUUCGUUAAGGUAUUCCCGUACGAGUAUCAACGUGCGUUGAAGCAAAUCGAGGAGCUAAAACAAACGCAAUCGAUACAGAAUGGAAGUUCCCAAACAUUAAACAAUCAAGUGAAAGAUAUUGAAGAUGCUAUCGCAGACAUCGAUAUGGAACAGCGUAAACUAGACAAGAUAAGAGGAUUUCUGAAAUAUAAGAGACAAACAUCAGUUUAUCGUCCGGCUGAGAAUCGAGUUAACGACUGGGAUGAAAUUUACAAUUUCCAAGGAGUCCGCAAAGGAUUGCGUGUACAAGCAGCAAGAUGUAUGGAAUGCGGUGUACCAUUCUGUCAAAGCAGCCACGGUUGCCCUCUAGGCAAUAUUAUUCCUAAAUGGAAUGACCUAGUAUUUCAAUCGAAUUGGAAGGAAGCCCUGAAUCAGUUACUGCAAACUAAUAAUUUCCCAGAAUUCACGGGCAGAGUGUGUCCCGCACCAUGUGAGGGUGCUUGUGUUUUGUCUAUAUCAGAACCGGCAGUCACAAUAAAGAACAUCGAAUGCGCGAUAAUCGACCAUGCAUUCGAACAAGGUUGGAUAGUCCCUCAUCCACCGACGAUGAGGACUGGCAAACAAGUAGCCAUCGUCGGUUCCGGACCGGCUGGCUUAGCAGCAGCUCAUCAGUUAAACAAAGCGGGCCAUUCGGUCACUGUUUAUGAACGGAACGAUCGAAUCGGCGGUUUACUGCAAUACGGCAUCCCUACUAUGAAAUUAUCAAAACAAGUUGUUCAGAGAAGAGUGUCGCUUCUUGCGGCAGAGGGUAUCACAUUUAAGACCAGCAUCGAUGUUGGAAAAGAUAUUACUGCUAACGAAUUGCGCGAACAGUACGACGCAUUGUUGUUAUGCACUGGCGCGACUUGGCCAAGAGACUUACAAAUACCUGGACGAAACCUCGAAGGAAUUCAUUUCGCUGUAAGUUUCCUAGAACAUUGGCAGAAGAAACAAAUGGGAAAUGAUACUCCACUAGAUAUGCGUCUAAUGGCUAAGGACAAAGAUGUUAUCAUAAUAGGCGGUGGUGAUACUGGCUGCGAUUGUAUUGCUACAUCUUUGCGACAGGGUGCCAAAACCAUAACUACUUUUGAAAUUUUACCUGAGCCCCCAAGUAAAAGGGGACAGGAUAAUCCCUGGCCUCAAUUUCCACGUGUAUUUAAAGUAGACUAUGGUCACGAAGAAGUAUCUCUCAAGUUUGGACGAGAUCCUCGCCAAUUUAGCACGCUGAGUAAGGAGUUCCUAAAUGAUGGGAAUGGUCAUGUCAGUGGCAUUAAAACGGUAUCAGUGUCAUGGACAAUGGAAAAUGGUCGUUGGAAAAUGGAAGAAAUUCCUGGGUCUGAAAAGGUAUACAAGUGUGAUCUAGUUUUACUCGCGAUGGGUUUCAUGGGUCCCGAGAAAUAUAUUGCAACGGAAUUAAAUACGGCAAUGGACGAGAGAGGUAAUUAUAAAACACCGGUUGGAAAAUAUCAAACAAGUUUAAGUGGAAUGUACGCAGCGGGAGAUUGUCGACGUGGACAAUCAUUGGUGGUAUGGGCGAUCACGGAGGGUAGACAAGCUGCGAGGGAGAUAGAUUUGGCCUUAAUGGGAGAAACCGGUCUUCCUGCUGCCGGUGGUGUUAUAACGGGGGUCAUGGCUUAAGAUAUAAAUUAUGAAAGCAAUCUUUCGCGAUCAGGACUCGAUUUUCUUCGGACUCGACACCUAUCUCAUUUUAACUCCGGAUCUUUGAUCCUACCAUGCUCUCCAGUUUUAUUGUUUACAUAUGAAUUGUAUAAAGUGUGGAAAAGUGGUAGGAGGAUAAGAAUACUUUUAAUGAGCAAAGAAGAAAUGCGAACAUGGGAAUAAGAAAAUCAGUAUUAUUUUAUUGGGAGGUUUUCUAAACAUUGAACGGUUUCACCACUUUUUUGUGUGUUCGUUCAUAACGGUGUGUUACUUCGUUGUGAUAAUAGCAGAAAAAUAACAGUUGAAAUACGAGAAGCUUGCAUUUUUUUGGUUUUCGAGUUAUUGUCCCUUAUGACAAAACAUAUAUUCGUCCAUUUUUGUCAAAAAGGAACAGCUGUGUACAUGAUAAUACAGUAAACCAAGUCAAGGGGGAAAUAAUCGCAGUUAUACCGCUGAAUCUACCUCGUAUUCUCCUUUGCGUUUCUUGCUUGUUUCACGAGGUAACAUCAAUUCUUCUAUGCAAUCAAAAUAGAUCUUCAAAGCUGAUACGACGUUUUAGCGAAAACCGUUCGUCGAAUAUUUUUAUUUAAAAGUAAAUUCGAAAUUGAAACUGUAUCUCACACACAUUUUGAGGCUAAUACCGAAUGAUGUUAACGUUUAUAUAUGUAGAUGUAGGCGUUUCCCAUUCAACCUCGUGAUUCUUUUUAAAUUCAUAGUUCGUAGUUACACUAUUAUUAGUACACCGCAACACUACAUAUACAUGCGCAUAAGUAUGUAUAUUCGUAUCGUAUUUUCAAGUAUAUUAUAGGGUAUUUAUUUAUAAAGAGAAAAAAAUGAAAAAGAGCAUGAUUACGAUGAUAAUAAUAACAUGUACGUAACUUUUUUUGAUUGUACAAAAUUUUCAUACGCCAGCAAACUGUUACUUGUUUGUUAUAUGCGUUAUUGUACAUUCGAUACAAUAGAUGAGAAAAUAUAAAUAUACAUCGAGACAAUAAAUAUAUAUGAAAAGAAAUAAACAAUGAAA